AUGGGCUCUGAUGAUGAUCAAUCAGAUGAGAUGGCUCUGAACUUGACAAAGGCUGCAACUGAUCAAGGUCAGGGAGGCCUGGAGGAAAAAACCCGUUCAAAUUUGACCACCCAACUGACGGUUGACUUGGUAAAGGAUGAUCCCAGCGAUGACCCAAUGGAACUGUUUGAAACCGUUUGGCAUGCUUUGAUACCUCCCAAGAGCGGACACAAGCAACCCCCUCCUUCCAAAAUCGCCGAGGAUGGCGCACUGAAAGGACAGCCGCUUGUUGCCUCUCCCAAGAAACUCAAUCCAAGCAAUGACCCCAUGGAAUUUGUUGAAAUUGUUUGGCAUGCUUUGACAACGGCGUUUCCACCAACCAUUGAUCAUUCUUUGGACAGAUUCUCAAUUGGAUGGUCCACAAAACAAGGUCGGACCCAGAACAAAAUUUUCAACUAUUUACACACAACAACAAUCCUAUUUUAUGAUGUCUGCGCUGCCCAUCAGAAGUGGCCAACAACCAUGGGCUCGAAUGAAGCAAAAUCACAAGAGACGGCUUUGAAAUCGACAAGGACUGCACCUGAGCACGCUCAGGAAGGUCUGGAGGCAACAACCCGCUCGAAUUCUACCACCCUAUUGACGGUUGACCUGGUGAAGGACAACCCCAAUGCUUGCAUUUCCUCCAUGUUGUACAGCAUAUUUGUCUUGUUUCUUUCUCUGGAAAAGAUACAGCAGACCGAUUUUCUUGGUCUACCCUUCCAAAUCCCCACCAACAGAGUGGGAGCGCCAAUCUGCCCAUUGACAGAUGACUUGAGAGAAUUGCAUUCAAUUCUUUCCUUGGAAAAGGUACCCACAAAAUUCCUCUGUAUCCCAGGAGAAAUCCUUGCAUCUUGUUUGUACUUCCCCACCAACAGUGGGAGCGCCAAUCUGUCCCCUGACAUGAUUGACUAG